UCAAAUUCAAAUCAGCCCUGUGCCUCCUCGCUCACAUUGCACUCACCUUUACGCGCCAGCUUUCUGCCUGCCUCCAGUCUGUGGACCGUUUUGAUCUGCCAGGAGCUCACCUGUCCGUUUGUCUUGUUAACCGCUAUAAUAACUGACAGAGAGUUUCUAAAUACACAUCAAGAAAACCGAUUCGGCUGUUUACGUUGUUGUUCAUUUACGCCCCUCGCUGGUCUUGAAUUGUAUACAUUGAAAAGCCGCGGUCUUUCUUCAAGCUUUGAGGGGAUGCUGGAGGAAUGUUCCGAUCUGUCGGAUGAGUAAAGACACCCGGGUGUGCAGUAUGGAGAAACGAAGAGGUUCAUCCAGCCAUCACAGUCAGUCCACGCUGCGUCCGCCCCUCCCGCCGCCUCACAGCCACCACCAGUCUUCGGCCAACUCCUUGAACCGCGGCACACAUGCCAGCCGCCGCAACCCCAGCCACGCGCACCAGCACCAGCACCAGCCGGCGGCCCCCGGGGACGGGCCCUCCACGCCCGAGUCUGUGCAGCUCCAUGACAGCUGGGCGCUCAACAGCAACGUGCCGCUGGAGACACGGCACUUUUUGUUUAAGACGCCCUCCGGCACCACCCCCCUGUUCAGCAGCUCGUCCCCCGGCUACCCCAUGACGUCGGGCACAGUCUACUCGCCCCCUCCCCGGCUGCUUCCCAGGAACACCUUCUCCAGGAGCUCCUUCAAACUCAAGAAGCCCUCCAAGUACUGCAGCUGGAAAUGUGCAGCCGUCUCCGCCAUCGCCGCCGCCAUCCUCUUAGCCGGCCUCCUGUCCUACUUCAUAGCUCUGAACCUGCUUGGCCUCAACUGGCAGCUGAAGCGCACCGACGGGCACCUGGUGAGCACCCGGCUCAGCACGGGCAUCGGCGACGUGGCAACAGUGCCCUCCGGAGGAAGAGGUCCCUGGAUGUUCAGGAACACCAGCAUAAAUAUGGGCGAGCUGGAGGUGGGGCGGCGAGCCAGUCAGGACGUCCCCCCAGGGGUCUUCUGGAGGUCUCUGCUUCACCUUCGCCAACCACUCUUCCUCAAGUUCAACAUUUCCCUGGGCAAGGACGCUCUGUUUGGCGUCUACAUCCGCAAGGGACUGCCUCCCUCCCAUGCCCAGUAUGACUACAUGGAGCGUCUGGAUGGCAAAGAGAAGUGGAGUGUGGUCGAGUCCCCCCGGGAGCGGCGCAGUAUCCAGACGGUUAUCCUGAACGAGGCGGUGUUCGUGCGCUACCUGGACCCGGGCGCCUGGCACCUGGCCUUCUACAACGACGGCAGGGAGAAAGAGGCCGUGUCCUUCAGCACCGUGGCGCUGGAUUCGGUGCAGGAGUGUCCACAGAAGUGUCAUGGAAAUGGUGAAUGUAUAUCUGGUGUCUGUCACUGUUUCCCUGGGUUCCAUAGCACAGACUGUUCUAAAGCCGCGUGCCCUGUGCUGUGUAGUGGCAAUGGCCAGUACAAUAAGGGCACGUGUAUCUGCUACAGUGGCUGGAAGAGCCCGGAGUGCGACGUGCCCGUGGGCCAGUGCAUCGACCCCGACUGCAGCGGGCACGGAACGUGUGCCGACGGCAUUUGCAGCUGCUCGGCGGGUUACCGUGGUGAAAUCUGCGAGGAAGUGGACUGCCUCGACUCCAAAUGCUCUGGGCAUGGCACCUGUGUGGGUGGGCAGUGCCACUGUAAGGCAGGCUGGGCAGGAGCGCUGUGCGACGUCCCCAGGGCACCGUGCCCGGAUCAGUGCCACGGCCAUGGGGCUUACAUCCCUGACACGGGCAUCUGCAGCUGUGACCCCAACUGGAUGGGCCCUGACUGCUCCACAGAGGUGUGUUCGGCCGACUGCGGGACCCACGGGGUGUGCGUGGGUGGUGUGUGCCACUGCGAAGAGGGCUGGACAGGCGUGGGCUGCGACCAGCGCGUCUGCAGCCCCCAGUGCGUGCGGCACGGCACCUGCCGCGACGGGAAGUGCCAGUGCCAGCAGGGAUGGAACGGCGAGCACUGCUCUAUCGAUGGAUGCCCGGGCCUGUGCGGGGGGAACGGACAGUGCACCCUGGUGCAGAACAGCUGGCACUGCGAGUGCCACACCGGCUGGAGGGGCCCCGGCUGCAGUGUUGCCAUGGAGAUCACUUGCUCUGACAACAAAGACAAUGAAGGAGAUGGACUGACAGACUGCAUGGACCCCGACUGCUGCUCUCAGACUCCGUGCUCGGCCAAUCCGCUCUGCCGCGGGUCACGCGACCCCCUGCUGGUCAUCCAGCAGAGCACGUCUCAGUCCCCGAAAGUGAGGUCCUUCUACGAGCGCGUGAGGAUGCUGGUGGGGAGAGACGGUACCCAUAUCAUCCCAGGAGGAAACCCAUUCAAUGCUAGCCUGGCAUCCCUGAUACGUGGGCAGGUGCUGACCACAGAUGGGACUCCUCUAGUGGGUGUCAACGUGACAUUUGUGAAGUACCCGCAGUACGGCUACACCAUGACCCGACAGGAUGGCAUGUUUGACCUGGUGGCCAACGGUGGCGGCGCUCUCACGCUGCGCUUCGACCGCGCUCCGUUUCUGAGCCUGGAGCGCACCGUCUGGUUGCCGUGGAACCGCUUCUUCGCCAUGGACACGCUGGUGCUGAAGACGGAGGAGAACACAUUUCCCAGCUGCGAUCUGAGCGGGUUUGUCAGGCCGGACCCGGUGGUGGUGGCCUCCCCGCUCUCUUCCUUCUUCAGCUCUAGCCCUGGCGAGAGACACAUCAUCCCCGAAACACAGGUUCUUCACGAGCAGGUGGAGAUUCCCGGCACCAGCCUAAAGCUCCGCUACCUGAGCUCCAGGGCUUCGGGCUACCGCUCCCUCCUCAAGGUCAUCAUGACCCAGGCCCUGGUGCCCCUCAGCCUGGCCAAGGUGCACCUGAUGGUGGCCGUGGAGGGGCACCUGUUCCAGAAGUGGUUCCACGCCUCGCCCAACUUGGCGUACACCUUCAUCUGGGACAAGAGCGACGCCUACGGCCAGAGAGUCUUCGGGCUCGCCGAGUGUAUGGUGUCUGUGGGUUUCGAGUAUGAGACGUGUCCCAGCCAGGUGCUGUGGGAGAAGAGGACGGCCGUGCUGCAGGGCUAUGAGCUGGUGCCCUCCAACCUGGGCGGCUGGUCGCUGGACAAACACCACGUCCUCAACACUGCCAGCGGCAUCCUGCACAAGGGCAGCGGGGAGAACAUCUUUGUGUCACAGCAGCAGCCGCCCAUGAUCUCCACCGUCAUGGGCAACGGCCGCCGGCGGAGCCUCUCCUGCCCGAGCUGCAGCGGCAUGGCGGAGGGGAACAAGCUGCUGGCCCCGGUGGCUCUCGCCUGCGACGGCGACGGCAACGUCUACGUGGGCGACAUGAACUUUGUCAGGCGUAUUUACCCCUCGCUCAAUACCACAGCAGUACUUGAGCUCAGAAACAAGGACUUACGGCAUGGCAGCAGUCCAACUCAUAAGUACUACCUGGCAGCAGACCCGGUGACCAAAGGGCUGGUCCUGUCAGACACCAACUCCAGACAGAUCUACCGCGUGCAGUCACUGACCGGCGGCCAGACGCCGCUGGAGAACGCCCAGGUGGUGGCCGGGACCGGGGAGCAGUGCAUGCCCUUUGACGAGGCCCACUGCGGGGACGGAGGCAAAGCCGUGGAGGCCACCCUCAUGACUCCCCGAGGCAUCGCCGUGGAUAAGAACGGGCUCAUGUACUUUGUGGAUGCCACAAUGAUCCGUAAGGUGGACCAGAACGGCAUCAUAUCUACCCUGAUCAAAGCCAACGACCUCACGGCGGUGCGACCUCUCAGCUGUGACUCCAGCAUGGACAUCAGUCAGGUGCGCCUGGAGUGGCCCACGGACCUCGCUGUGAACCCCAUGGAUAAUUCCCUCUAUGUGCUGGAGAACAACAUCAUCCUGCGCAUCACGGAGAACCACCAGGUGAGCAUCAUCGCCGGGCGGCCCAUGCACUGCCAGGUGCCGGGCAUCGACUACUCACUCAGCAAGCUGGCUAUCCACGCGUCGCUGGAGAGCGCCACGGCCAUCGCCCUCUCGCACGACGGCGUGCUCUACAUUGCCGAGACGGACGAGAAGCGCAUCAACCGCGUGCGGCAGGUCAGUGCCGGCGGAGAGAUCUCCCUGCUGGCCGGGGCGCCGUCCGAGUGCGACUGCAAGAACGACGUCAACUGCAACUGCUUCGCCGGCGACGACGGCUACGCAACGGACGGUGGCCUAAACGCGCCAACCUCGCUGGCCACCUCGCCGGAUGGCACGCUCUACAUCGCCGACCUCAACAACAUCCGUGUGCGCGCUGUGCGUCGCAACCGCCCAUUGCUGAACGCUGCGGGCCAGUUUGAGGUGGGGUCGCCGCACGAACAGGAGCUCUACGUGUUCAACAGGGAUGGCUCGCACAAGCAGACCAUCAGCCUGGUCACUGGUCUAGUCAUGUUUAACUUUAGCUAUGGAUCAGACGGUGAACUCGUGUCCGUCACUGACAGUGCCAACAACACCCUGAGAAUCCGGCGGGAUGUGGCCGGACCCCUCAGGCUGGUGCUGCUGCCAGAAAACCAGGUAGUGAGUGUGGGGCUGAACCCAGCCGGAGGCCUGCGCUCGGUGUCUGCAUUCAACCAGGAGGUGGCGCUGCUGAGUUAUGCUGCCAGCACUGGCCUGCUUACCUCCAAGGUGGACGAGACUGGCUGGAGCAACUUCUAUGAAUAUGAUAGUGAAGGUCGGCUGACCAACGUGACUUACCCCACGGGGAUGGUGACUAGCCUGCACCGCGAGAUGGAGCAAUCCAUCAACAUCGACAUUGAGAGCUCCAACAGAGAUGACGAUGUCACUGUCAUCACCAAUUUAUCAUCCGUCGAGGCGUCGUACACCGUGGUUCAAGAUCAAGUGCGAAACACCUUUCAGCUCUGCUCUAACGGCACACUACGGGUCUCCUAUGCCAACGGCAUGGGCAUCAGUUUCCUGACCGAGCCACACAUCCUUGCCGGAGCCGUUAGCCCCACUAUUUGGCGUCGGAACAUCACACUGCCCACAGACAGCGGCCUCAACUCCAUCGAGUGGAGGAUGAGACGGGAGCCCACCAAGGGCAGGGUCACCAUAUUUGGCAGGAAACUACGGGCCCACAACAGAAACCUGAUCUCCAUCGACUUUGACCGCAACACACGCACCGAGAAGAUCUACGAUGACCACCGCAAGUUCACCCUGCGCAUCAUCUACGACGCUCAGGGCCGGCCGGCCACCUGGCUCCCCAGCAGCAGCCUAGCGCUGGUCAACGUGACGUACGCGCCCAGCGGCCGCUUGCUGGGCCUGCAGCGGGGCAGCAUGAGUGAGAAGAGGGAGUUCGACACCUUCGGGCGCAUCCUCUCCCGUACAUUUGUCGACGGAAAAGUGUGGAGUUUCAAUUACCUGGACAAGUCCAUGGUGCUUCUGCUUCAACAGAGCCAAAAGCAGUAUGUGUUUGAGUUUGACACGUCUGGUCGCAUCACCUCCGUCACCAUGCCCAGCAUGGCGAAGCACACCAUGUCCACUCAUGUGUCUGUCGGCUACAUCCGCAACACCUACAACCCCCCGGAGAGCAACGCCUCGGUCAUCCACGACUUCAGCGAGGACGGCCGCCCCUGCGCCACCCUCUACCUGGGCACGGGCCGCCGCGUCCUUUACAAGUACGGCAAGCUGGGGAAGCUGUCGGAGGUGCUUUAUGAUGGCACCUCCGUCACCUUUGGCUACGACGACACAGCCGGAGUCCUGAAAAUGGUCAAUCUGCAGAGUGGAGGGUUUUCAUGCACAAUCCGGUACCGCAAACUUGGCCCCCUUGUGGACAAACAGAUGUACCGCUUCUCAGAAGAGGGUAUGGUGAAUGCCCGAUUUGACUACACCUACCAUGACAACAGCUUCCGGGUGGCCAGUAUCAAGCCCGUUAUUGGGGAGACCCCACUGCCUGUUGAUCUUUACCGCUAUGACGAGAUCUCGGGGAAAGUGGAGCAUUUUGGCAAGUUUGGCAUCAUAUACUACGACAUCAACCAGAUCAUCACCACCGCUGUCAUGACUCUCAGCAAACACUUUGACGCCCACGGCCGCAUCAAGGAGGUGCAGUACGAGAUAUUCCGCUCGCUCAUGUACUGGAUGACGGUCCAGUACGACAGCAUGGGCCGUGUCAUCAAGCGAGAGCUGAAGAUCGGCGCGUACGCCAACACCACCCAGUACCGCUACGAGUACGAUGGUGACGGGCAACUCGUCGCCGUCAAAGUGGGCGACUGGUUCACCUGGCGCUACAGCUACGACCUCAACGGCAACCUGCACCUGCUCAACCCAGGGAACAGCUUCCGACUGCUGCCGCUGCGCUACGACCUGCGCGACCGGCUCACGCGCCUCGGCGACAUGCAGUACCGGCUGGACGAGGACGGCGUACUGUGCCAGCGCGGCUCCGACAUCUUCGAGUACAACUCCAAAGGGCGGCUAGAGCGCGCCUACAGUCGUGUCGCGGAGGGCUGGAGCGUCCGGUACCGCUACGACGGCCUCGGGCGCCGCGUCUCCAGGAAGACGGACGGCGGCCAGCACCAGCAGUACUUCUACGCCGACUUAAACUACCCGGCCCGGGUCACUCACAUCUACAACCACUCCGGCGGGGAGAUCACCACCUUCUACUACGACCUGCAGGGCCACCUGUUCGCCAUGGAGGCGAGCGGUGGGGAGGAGUACUACAUCGCCUCGGACAACACGGGCACGCCGCUCGCCAUCUUCAGCAGCAACGGACAGAUGGUUAAGCAGCUGCAGUACACGGCGUAUGGGGAGGUCUACUUCGAUUCUAACCCAGACUUCCAUCUGGCCAUUGGCUUCCACGGCGGCCUCUACGACCCACUCACCAAGCUGGUGCACUUCAUUCAGAGAGACUUUGAUGCUCUGGCAGGCCGCUGGACCGCACCAGACCACACACUGUGGCCAAAGAUUGGCAAAGAGCCAGCACCAUUUAACCUGUAUGCGUUCAAAAACAACAACCCUCUCAGCGAUAUGAUAGAUGUCAAAAAUUACGUCACAGAUGUGAAAAGUUGGCUGGUGAUGUUCGGGUUUCAGCUCAGCAACAUCAUCCCAGGUUUCCCCCGACAGCCCAUGUACUUUGUGGACCCUCCAUAUGAGCUUCUGGCAAGCCAAGAUAGUGACCAUUCUCGGCUCAUCACUGGAGUCCAGCACGCGGCAGAGCGGCACAACCAGGCCUUCAUGGCUCUGGAGGGGAGACUGCUGAACAAGGAGCGGCGUACCAAGCGGGACAAGCCAGGCUACUGGUUUGGGACCAAAGUGCCCAUUGUUGGACGUGGCAUGAUGAUGGCCAUUCAAAACGGGCAUGUGAUCACUAGUGUGUCGGGUAUGGCCAGCGAGGACAGUCGCAAAAUUGCCCAGGUGCUCAACAAUGCCAUCUACCUACAGGGCACGCAUUACACCAUAGAGGGGCGUGACUGCCACUUCUUUGUGAAGCUGGGCCUGGCAGACAGCGACCUGCUGGGACUCGGACUCAGCAGCGGGCGCAAGGUGCUGGAGAGCGGCGCCAACGUGACGGUGAGCGGGCGCUCGCGCCGCGGCGUCACCGUGGAGAUCCACACGGCGACGCUGUUGUUCAGCGUGCGCUACGGGCUGACGGCGGACGUGCUGGACAAGGAGCGGGCGCGGCUGCUGGAACAGGCCCACCAGCGGGCGCUGACGGGCGCCUGGGCGCGGGAGCUGCGGCAGGCGCAGGAGGGUCGGCACGGGGAGCGCACGUGGACGGACGUGGAGAAGCAGCAGCUGCUGGCGGUGGCGAAGGUGCCCGGCUACGACGGCUACUACGUGCUGCCCGUGGAGCAGUACCCCCAGCUGGCGGACAGCAGCACCAACAUCCAGUUCCUGAAGCAGACGGAGAUGGGGAAAAGGUAACAGAGCGGCGCUGCUCUCUCAUACCUACACCACCGUUGGAGCGCGCACACACGGCGCUCCACAUAGCAACUGUUGCCGAGACGUCCAGUGCCAGUGAACUUCAGAGUACUGGCAAAAAAAGUUUGAAUUAGGACAGAUUUGACAGUGCAUUUGGAAAGCACCACCGAAAAACAAAAACUGAGAUUUGUUUUGUUGUUAAAAAUCUUUUUUUUCAGUAAGUAAUAUUUCCACUCAUCGGUUGUUUGGGAAUUGGGUGUGUGACUGAACAAGCAGGGUAUUCAUGCUAUGCUGAUGGAUGCCUCAGCCAUCCCACAAACAUAUUCUUCUGGACUUCUAUCUCUGAGGAAUCUGCAAAAAUAACACUUACAAUGUCUGUAUGCCCCAGAAGACGCAAACACCCUCUUGUGAUGGACCUCACCCUAAGAGGGACUUAAACCUGAAAGCUAAUUUCAGGUCAUAUACAGAAGUAGCCACACGUGGCUUUAGCAUCCGGAGAAUGAUGACAAGGAAAUACACUUGAUUUCCCCACUUUGUAUUUGCACUAUAUGACAAUCAUGAGGAAGUCAAAGGUUUCAUCAGAGAUGGUUGUGACUAAUGGCACCCUGUAAGGGUCAAAUGAUUUUUUUAUGUAAAAUAUGUAAAAAGAGUGAGGUUUUUUUUUAUAGGUGAAGGAGAUGCUGGAUAAAAAAAUCUGUGUUGUCGCCAUUGUUUAUACUUCAAAUUAAGUCUUUUGAAACUGUGAAACACAUAUUGAGUGUACGUGUAAAACACUAACAUUUGUUUAGCACUGUAGAGCAUAAUGCAGAUCUCAGACUUGUACAUUUCUGCAAGGAAGUGGCUUUUGUGGUGUGUUGUGAAAAGUCAUAGAAAAAGAACUGCUUUGCCAUUCUCACGUUAUAUGCCCCAUACAGAUCCAUUAAUUUAAUAAUUCAAAUAUCCCCAAGCAUUGUUUCAAUUAUUUUUUCUAUUUCAACUUUUUUUUCCCAUUGUUUCGACCCCCAAAACAUUCUCCUUUUCAUUGUGAAGAGCCAGUGUGGAUGUUUUUGGAAUUGGAACACACACAUUAGAAUGGGGAUGGCUGACGAUUUUAUCAGAAUAAACAGUUCGAUUUUCAACUUCAA